AUGCUAAGAGUAAGAACGCCAAAGUCUCCAAAAUUACCAAAAUAUUAUCAUCCAGCAAAAUUUGGCAAGACCAUCAUUGAUCCAAACACUAAUGAUGCUUACCUUCUCAACGAGGAAAUUGGUUCUUCUCUUGAUGGAUUCUGCCAUGUUUACAGAGCUUCUUAUUCAAAAUAUAUGGCUGCGAGAGUUAUUAUUGCCAUUCUAGUCAAUUCUAUGUUGUUUCUGGCCAACAGUUUUGUGCAAGCUCUAUACUUUCAACCACCAGUGCAGAUGGAUAUUUCUUCAAACAAAACUCUUCCAGAUUUUUCAAAACUUGAACCUUUGGAUGGAAACAAUUUUAAACGCUGGUCUAAAAAACUUUUGAUUUUCUUUGAACAAUUAGAAGUUGACUAUGUUUUGUUUGACGCACCGCCUGUUGAUGUUCCAAACGUUGUUACUGAUGUUUCAAAUAGUUCUGCUACUGUUGUUACUGAUGAUGCUGCUAAAAAGAAAUUUGAAAAAGAUAACAAAACUGUUAGAGGACAUCUGUUGAACCAUAUGACUAACCCUCUGUUUGAUUUAUUUGUUACUAACAAAUCUGCUAAGGAAAUAUGGGACAGUUUGGAAAAGAAAUAUGGUGUUGAUGAUGCAGGGAAGAAAAAGUAUGUUGUUGGCCGAUGGAUUAAGUUCCAGAUGGUUGACAAUAAGCCAAUUAUGGAACAGGUUCAUGAGUAUGAGAACUUGACUGCGGCUGUUCUGACCGAGGGCAUGAAGAUGUGUGAGGUUUGUCAGGCUAAUGUUUUGCUUGAGAAAUUUCCACCUUCUUGGAGUGAUUACAGGAAUCAACUGAAGCAUAAGAAGAAGGACUUGACCCUUUAG